UAUAUAUUAUUUUUCGUAAGUAAUUAAUGCAAAGAUAACUAGCUGUUAUGCACUACUUACUAUAUAGACUUUGAAAUGUGUAACAGUAAUAAUAGAGGCUAAUUUCUACGCAGUACGCAACAGUAGAGCAUUAAUCGCCGUGUUGAGUUGAACAUGGAGUCUGCUACUUUGUAGGAAGGGCAGAAACAUCAGGCUUUGUUGGUAUCUCUGAUGUUUGACAGCAGUUGAGGGAGUACACCAAGUAAAUUGCUCUGUUCAGAGUUAUCUGGAAGGGAUUAGAAAUGGCGAUGUUCAUUCGUGUGAAGCGCAAGAAGACAACGUAUUUUAUACACUGUGAUCCAUCAGAAACAAUUUUGGAUAUCAAGCAGAAAUUGCAGUCACUUACUGACCAACCCACAAGGGAUCAAUGCCUAAUUCUUCUUCCUUCAGAGCAGGUUCUGGAGGAUGCAAAGACCCUGGCUGCACAAAAGGUCGAGAAUGAUGCUGUUGUUGCAUUGACUUUUAGACAAGAGAAUGGCCAGUUUGAGGACGUCAACAUUGAAAAGCCAGAAGAUCAUCAUGGCCUCUUAGAAACUGAUGUUUCUGCAAUGUGACAAUGAUCCAAAAGGAAAUGAGUUAUAUGUGAAAUUUGGUCCAUUUGUCUUGAACGCUAUUUUUCUUGUUCAAUCAAAAGGAUAUACAAUGGUGUAAUGGUAAUAUUUCUAUGUUUACAGAUUCUUGUGAGGUUGCAGAUGUAAGAGGAUAUGAACGUAAAAGAAUUACUACUCUUAAUGUUUUGUUAAAAAUACAGGUAGCUUAGUAGCCAAGCUUAGUUGA